UCUUCUGCUUCCUUGACUUUUUUUUCCUUUUUGUAAAUUACUCAGAUCCGGGUGGAGAGUGCAAGUGAAAGGCUGGGAGGGAGAAGAGCAGACAGACUUAACCAAGGCAGAGCAAAAGGACAUCCUGCUAUUUCAACUUCUCCCUCCAAGUAAAAGAGGAAGGAAACUAUAUAAACAGGGACUUAUACAGAAAGAUGGCUUCAGCAAAUGACACCAGGCAUACACAGAACAAAGAUGCAGCAGAUCAGAACUUCGACUGUAUGUUCAAGCUUCUUAUUAUUGGAAAUAGCAGUGUAGGAAAGACGUCGUUCCUCUUCCGCUAUGCUGACGAUUCUUUUACUUCCGCCUUUGUCAGCACAGUUGGCAUUGACUUCAAGGUGAAAACAGUCUGCAGAAAUGAAAAGAGGAUCAAACUACAGAUUUGGGACACAGCAGGACAGGAGAGAUACCGGACUAUCACAACUGCCUACUACAGAGGAGCUAUGGGCUUCUUGCUAAUGUACGAUAUUACAAAUCAGGACUCCUUCCAUGCAGUACAAGACUGGGCAACCCAAAUUAAGACAUAUUCCUGGGACAAUGCUCAGGUCAUUUUGGUAGGAAAUAAAUGUGACCUUGAGGAUGAUCGUGUGGUACCGGCUGAGGAAGGAAAGCGGCUAGGUGUUGAACUGGGUUUCGAUUUCUUUGAAGCAAGUGCCAAGGAUAAUAUUAAUGUGAAACAGACAUUUGAGCACCUAGUGGGCAUGAUCUGUGAGAAGAUGAAUGAGAGCUUGGAUGCCAGCCCAUCCCUGGUCAGCAACAACAAGGGAGCCACCUUAUCUGAAAAACCACCUCAACAGCAGAGCGGGUGCUCCUGCUAGAAAUCACUCUUUCCACCUUCUACAUGCGACUUUUCUUACUGCCUAAAGAAACUGCAUGGAUGUCAAAACCUGAUCAGGGGAGGGACACUUGCAGAGAUGGGGUAGGGGAGGACAUGAUGUAGCCAAGCUGGCAUUACAUCUAGUACAUACACCUUUUACUGGAAAUGUAUUGGUAUUUACCAGGAGAUCUUUUGGGUGACUGAAGUGCUACACAAAUUACAUAUGAAGGGUUAUGACAUCUGUAAAGUGAAAUGUAUUUGCAGAUGCAGUGUGCUGCAGUAUUCCCUCAGAGUAUUAUGAAAUAGAAGGCCUUUGAAUGGAUUGCAUUUGCCUUUAUGAAUUAAUUUUAUGGUACAGCUUGCUGCUCAUAGCUUUUUCCGUCAUUCCUUUUGCUUUUAAAUACUGUCCAAGGAGCUUGUAUGGGUCAUAGGGAGGUCACUACCUACACAGUACAACUAAGAAAAUCGUAAGUGCAACAAAAUGGAAAUCUUACCAUCUGUGUGCAAACAUGCUGGCAGUUCUGAUUUAGAGUUAGACUCAUAACUAGUUCAGCAUUUCAACAAUAGGCAGUAUAUGCCUAUAAUUGCAGUUUGAUAAGGUUUUAAUAGGGAGAUAUUGUCCUUGCCAAUGUACUGCAAACAGCCAGUUUCAGCAUUUUCAGUGCUGCUGUGUCCCUAUAGUCUCAUUUAAAACCUAAAUACUGGAUGAAAUGCAACACAUUGCCAAAAUUAGGACAUUCGUUUUAAGUUAAAGCUGGUUGGGAAAAUAUUAGUCCUUAUUUGAUUUUAACCUGAUUACUAGAGAUGGACUACAUUUUUUAAACAUCUGUUUAAAUGUUACAAUGAUCCAGAAAUGGUUCACAGUUGUACUGAAUAAUUGGUAAAAAAAAAUGCAUUUCAGCACAGUUAUAGUUUGAAAUUUUCCAGUGAUGCAUUAUUAAAAGCUUGCCCUGAGCAUAAUCCAAAAUUUUUUUUUUGUUUAGUUUUACCCUUGGGUGUUUGGUUUUAUUUGUCUUAAGAAGUUUUCUUUAUACUUCACCAAAGCAAUGUUUCUGUCAGUAAAGAAGUCAACCAGUAAGUUAUUAUUCUUUCAAAAAUAAAAUUUAAACUUGGAAAAAGUCA